AUGGAAGAUAGUGAGAGCAGUAUAGACUACCGAAGUCGUUUUUUUCUGGAGGAUCACAUUUCACUUGCGAAUAUCGCAGAUGCAUCAUUCGGAGGUCCUCCCGUGCCCUACCACGACGAUCAGUCUAAUACCCAUGUGAGGUUCGACGAUACAACUUUAGAUGACAAUUUGGCGAGGAGCGGUACUAGAUCCCAGAUGCCACCCAAAAGACGACUGGGAGAACGCAAAGUCCGGACCGCACAAAAGGCCUCGAACCUCUUACAGGAUGCAAUGAGUGUGGCCUCUAUGGAGGGCCCCUCAGGGCUCAUAUCCGUCAAGCGGCGACAGUGGCAGGCCUACUCUGCCACAACGCGACCAAGUUCUCAUUUAUCCAAUCAUCAAUGGACAGAAAACCUCGGAGACCCAUACUAUAAUCUCCGCAACUCCCCUGAUGCACUCAUUCGAGAAUACUACUUUGAACAGCAGACCCAAAUCUCCAGGCCUGGACCCCAAAAUGUUGGGCAUGAAAAGUUUGAACGACAUGCACACUUUCUUUCGAACAGAGUACAUACAGAGGCUCACCCUGAACCCCCAGGAAUAGUCCUUUUCUACACUUUUCGUUCUGACAUCCACAAAGAUAUUCAAAUACCACUCAAACCAGGUGACCCUGUCUACUUCCAACCUUUCCUGAUAGAGCGACUAGAUCCUGAUAGAUAUGCACGGCGUGCCUUGUUCACCGAUCCCGCAAGUCACCUACUUGUAGGACUCAAGGCCACGAAAGGUGGUAAAGACUGGCAAGCAUAGCUUUUCACUGAUGGGAAAGAGCAGCCGCCACAAUAAGUUACCUGGGUGAUAUCUUUGAAAAAGUGCCACUCGAGGAAACCAGACGUCUCAAACGCUGAACAGCCAAAGUCAGAAAGGGGGACAAACCGAAGACAGUUCAUACGUCGGAAGAGUGACGAGAGGAGUUGAUAUAUCCAGUUAGCGCACCUAACCCAACAUACAUUUGUCUCCGUCGAUCAGAAAAAAAAAGGAUUAUUACUAUUGAUGAUUUUAGGAGCGUUAUCCAGGGGGACCGUUUACGGUUCUCGGGGCUAUGGAUGUUCAGGUCUUUCCCGUAUUGCCGUAACUGCACUGGGAAAUCCUCUUCAGGAGCUCAAACCACAACCAGUUCAUUCAGGUGGGCAGGGAGAAGCAAGGUCUCCAUCCGUAGGCAGUCAAAUCAUCGAAUGUCAAACCAUCUGAAUGCCGAUAGUCU